GUAAAUAUAAUUUGUAUAUAUAUAUAAAUAUACAUAUAUAUAUUCAUACACACACAUAAUUAAAUGCUAAACAGAAAAUAUGCUUAUUUAAUACGACGGCUAUCAUCUACCUUUAUUAAAUUAUUGUUCCUAUUUUUAUGUUAUCCUACUACAAUUAUCACUUCUCAACUACAAGAGUGUUUAUCAUUGAAUAGUUCAAACACUUGUCAUAUAUUUUCAACCGCAUUUAUAAACAUACAAAGUGCUUCUGUACGGUAUGCAUGGUUAAAUAACGUUACAACACCAGUAGAAUUUGAUCAUCAACUCUUAAACUAUGUCAAUUCUUCCAACUUUUGGAACUUGGAAUUAGGCUGCAAAACAUCAUCAAGUCUUCAUACUCGUCAGGCACGUUAUGCUGUUAGUCUUAUCUGUGCAACACUCGUCUUUAACUAUUCAUGUUAUCAUCAUGAUCCUUCUGAGACAGUUAUUUGUCAAUCCACCUGUAAGGAUUAUUUAAAUUCAAUACAGCUUAUUCUAAAGACUUUAUCCUCAGAACAUAAUAAUAUCUGUCAGCAUCCUUUUGUUAAUGAUGCAUUAGCUCGUAAUAACACAGCAAGUUUAUCUGAGCAAUGUAAUACAAAUUCAUUAUUUAAGGGGCAACGUUCUACAGGAUGUAUAUCAUUAUCAGACCAUGAGUUUUCUGAUACCUGUGGAUUUGGAAAUGAUAUAUAUUCAUUAUGCUCUCAUUGUGAACAAAAUAAUUCCAAACUAAUCUGUUGUUCAAAACAUGAUUGCAGCACUGUAAUAAAUAAUAGUCAUACUCAAAAGCAAUCUAAUCAAAAGACAAUUUCAAGUAGUAGUGGAGUCAUAGCUGGUGCUCUAAGUAGUUUAUUAUCUUUGUAUGGCUUCUUUUUAUUUUGUUGCAAUAGGAAAAAGAAGAAGAGGAUGAAGACGAAAAAAUGCAGUUCAUCUAAAUUUAUAUAUAAUCAAAAAAAGAUGGAGGACUCCUCUGAGUACUCGCUCAUACACUAUCAGACUACGAACUCACCUUCUUUAUCUACUCAUCUGAGCUCUGUCAUCACUUGUACUAAUCAUUCAAUAGUACAACAAGCUUCUGAAAUAGAUAAUAGUAGAAUACAGCCUGCUAAAAUAAAUUUGACAACUCAUAAUAAGGAGGAGGAGAAGGACGAUAGCUCUAUGGGAAUGAUAAUACCUGAAAACACGAUGAAUAAAGAAAAAGAAGAUAGUAUUGCGGGACAAGUAUUUAAAGUGAAUUCACUAGAGAAACAAUUUGUUAGAGCUGUUUAUGCCUAUAAUGCGCCUGUCAACCCUGAUGAACUCGAACUAGUGGAAAAUGAUAUUCUUCGCAUGUAUUAUUAUUUCGAUGAUGGUUGGGCAUUUGGCGAUAAUUAUGCAUCUGAUCUGAGAGGCUUUUUCCCACUUCUUUGUGUAGUUAAUUUAACAAAAGAAGAAGUGCAUGAAUUACAGUUGUAUUCAUCAAUAAAAUUACUAGAAGAGGAACAAGAUGACAAUGAUAAGCAGCAGUCUUCUCUUCCUCAUCAUAAUACUUGUUCUUCAAGCCAAUACCAAUUUUCAACAACAACAGCAGCAGCAGCAGCAGCAGCAGCAGCAGAAAAUCUUCAGUAUAAUCUUGCUUCUAGUUCAAAUACAUAUCCAUUAAAAAACUUACAUAGAGCAUUGACAUUACAAGAAAAGGAAAGGUCUCGAAAAACAGAUAGUAGUGAGAAUCAUUCUUAUAAAAAGCCGCCAAUAAACAUGACGUCUUUAGCUAUUUGUCAAAAAGAGCAAUCUAUUACAAUAAACCAAACUGCUAAUGUUCAUCAUAGUGGCACCCCUCCAUUAAGAAAAGCAUCAAUACAUGUAACGGCAAAAUCGUUUGUUAAUAGUUCAUAAUGAGUAAGCCUUUACAUAAGGAAUCAUGAU